GUAUGAAAUGUACAUAAUACGGUGUGAGAAUGAAACGAAUUCUAGUCCUAUCAAGGUGGUUAAUGUAGAGGACAAGCGUGUCUUCAAUGAUUUAUUGCGCAAGUUCUCUCAUUUUGCUUUGAAUGUUUUGGUCAAUGAAUACGGCAUGAAGGAAAAAACGCUCACUGAACAAUCUGAUGACAUAUGCUCUAUCAUCAAUACGUCAGUACAAUUCAAAACCGCCAAUUCUUCUCGUUUUUGCCAUCGCAUCUAUCAAAUCUGAAGUACGUAGUCGAGUCAAACGUAGCAAAAACCAUCCAUAUUUACUACAAUACAAUUGUCAUCCUUGGGCAGAACACUGCUUCUUCGUUGAUGAUCACAGCCUGGCUUCUAGUAUGACAGUGCCUCUUGAACCAUUUGUGGCUUUAUCAUCAUUCUUUACAUGCCAAGCUAGAUCUAUAUUGGACCACCCUUUUCGACAGGAUACCACCAUCCAAAAAUUAUACAGCAUUGCCAAACAAAUAUUUUUCGAUGAUAUCACCAACCAAGAAACGAUCACAAAUGAUAUCCGGGACUUUUACCGCCAAACACGAUCGACAAUGGAGAAAGCCCUCACUUGUUUACGUGAAGAUGUCCCCGAUGCUCAACAAAGAAUCCGCGUUGAAGAUAUCCUGAAUCAUGGUUUAGCGACCACCCAUGAAUACAUGGCACAACACAAUGAAUCCUCUGUUUCCUCUCCUGAGCGAACACUCUCACCUUCUGCAACUGAACCCCAACGACAACUCCAGCAAGGCAGUAACAGCAACUGGGACUACAUUGAAAGCAUCACAGGCGACAAUGAGGUUAGAAACUGGGAAUCUAUAUUUAGAGAUGGUAAAAUGCUGGGAUAUUUUGCAUCAUACAGCAAGGCUGCAACCAUGAAGUCGGCUUAUUACCGUUGGAAAAGACGGAAAAGAACUUGCGGAGCCCAGUCCCUGAAAAUAUAUUGACAUCAACUCCUGAACCAGACGUAGUAAAUCACAAUGGCUCCCCCAUUUUCAGUGAUUUGCAAGAUAUAUUCGGUGACACUUCACCUCUACUAAGCAACGACAUCAGUAAUACAUACAAAAAAAAAAAAAAAAA